GCUGACGUAACGGCAGCGUGACGCAUAUCAGCACAUCGGACAGUGCAAUCAGAAAACCUGCCUGCCAGUUUAAAGAGGAGACAUACCGAGAGUACAGUCUCGGGAAGCCACGAGCAAGCUAGAUAAGUUACUACUAAAAGUCCCGAAGUGUUCAAAGUCGCGGAAACCUGAGAAAACAACGAUUUACAGGAUUAGACCUGAUACAACGAGCGAGAGUAAACGAGAGGAAGAAGAAGCUCUGUAUGUCCCAUGCUCCUGGAAGAAGUUGCAUGUAGGCCAAAGAACCAGGAUCAGCUGUUCCUAAACCAAUCCUUACCUGAAACAUUAGGAGGGAAACACACAACUGACCUAAGAUCAGCAUCUAGAGGAUAACUUUCUCCUAAUCCUGGUGUUUCCUGGCGACGGGAAUUGUUAUUGAUCUACUUCCUCGAGAGGGGUAGAAGCCACAGCUAAUAGGCUACCAUGCAGCACUUAAGGACUACAGUUGCUAGGCUAAGGCCUAUUACGGCCACCCAGACAGUCAAGAGCCAAUCACAGGCCAGGCCGAUGGCAGUGGGAGGGGCUUUGAGGACAUUUGAACCAAUGAGGAGUUACACUACGUCGGUGUCAGCCGAGCCUUUUAUGAAUGGGACCAGUUCUAAUUAUGUAGAAGAGAUGUACUAUGCAUGGCUGGAGAACCCUAGGAGUGUACACAAGUCAUGGGAUAUUAUCUUCCGGAAUGCCAACGCUGGGGUGUCACCAGGCGCAGCCUAUCAGAGCCCUCCUCCUCUGGGUGGUGCUGCUCUGGGAUUGGCCAACGCCCAGGCGAUGGUUGGAGCUCAACCUAACAUGGAGAAGUUAGUGGAGGACCAUCUGGCUGUACAGUCACUCGUACGAGCGUACCAGGUACGGGGGCACCACAUAGCCAAGCUGGACCCUCUGGACAUCGGUGUGAUAGACUUUGAUGAGUCCCCAGUAAUGCUGGGCUUGAAGAAAGUUGGUGAGAAAUGGUUUUAUGGUCUGGAUGAGUCUGACCUGGACAAGGUGUUCCGGCUCCCCACCACCACCUUCAUCGGGGGCAGCGAGAGCGUUCUGCCCCUCAAAGAGAUCAUAAGCCGCCUCGAGAUGGCAUACUGUCAGUCUAUUGGGGUAGAGUUCAUGUUCAUUAAUGACCUGGAGCAGUGCCAGUGGAUCAGACAGAAGUUUGAGAGGCCAGGUGUCAUGCAGUUUACCCUGGAGGAGAAGAGGACCUUGCUGACCAGAAUGGUUCGAUCCACCAAGUUCGAGGAGUUCCUCCAGAGGAAGUGGUCAUCAGAGAAGCGUUUUGGUCUGGAGGGCUGUGAGUCUCUCAUCCCGGCCCUGAAGACCAUCAUCGAUAAGUCCAGCAUGAACGGAGUAGAGAGCAUCAUCAUGGGCAUGCCCCACAGUUUCUCUCUCCCCAGGGGGAGAUUGAAUGUGUUGGCCAAUGUGAUCCAUAAGGAGCUGGAUCAGAUCUUCUGUCAGUUUGACUCCAAACUGGAAGCUGCUGAUGAGGGUUCUGGAGAUGUGAAGUACCAUUUGGGGAUGUGGCACCGUAGGAUCAACCGGGUCACUGAUAGGAACAUCACGCUGUCACUCAUGGCUAACCCCUCCCAUCUGGAGGCUGUGGACCCUGUGGUGCAGGGCAAGACCAAGGCUGAGCAGUUCUACUGUGGAGACACAGAGGGAAAAAGAGUGAUGUCCAUCCUGCUCCAUGGUGAUGCAGCGUUUGCAGGCCAGGGGGUUGUCUACGAGACCUUCCACCUCUCUGACCUGCCCUCCUACACCACCCACGGCACUGUCCAUGUGGUGGUUAACAACCAGGUUGGUUUCACCACCGACCCCAGGGUGGCGAGGUCAUCAUCCUACCCUACAGACGUGGCCAAGGUGGUCAAUGCCCCCAUCUUCCACGUCAACGCUGAUGACCCCGAGGCCGUCAUGUACGUGUGUAACGUCGCCGCCGAGUGGAGAGCCACCUUUCACAAGGACGUGGUGGUAGACUUGGUGUGUUACAGGCGUAACGGCCACAAUGAGAUGGACGAGCCCUUGUUCACUCAGCCUCUGAUGUACAAGCAGAUCAAGAAGCAGAAAGGAGUCCUCCAGAAAUACUCUGAGAAACUCUUAGCAGAGGGAGCAGUCAGCAGACAGGACUAUGAGGAGGAGAUAGCCAAGUAUGACAAGAUCUGUGAGGAGGCUCACGCUCGCUCUAAAGACGAGAAGAUUCUACACAUCAAACACUGGUUGGACUCUCCCUGGCCCGGUUUCUUCAACGUGGACGGCCAGCCUAAGAGUAUGACCAGUCUGUCUACAGGCCUGCCUGAGGAGGAGCUGGUACACAUAGGAUACAUCGCUUCAUCUGUCCCUGUGGAAGACUUCACCCUACACAGGGGUCUGAGUCGUUUACUAAAGGGUCGUGCGGCGAUGGUGGGCCAGCGUGUGUGUGACUGGGCUCUAGGAGAGUACAUGGCCUUUGGUUCGCUGCUCAAGGAGGGGACACACAUACGUCUCAGUGGACAGGACGUAGAGAGAGGAACCUUCAGUCACAGGCACCAUGUCCUGCAUGACCAGAAGAUUGAUAGGAGGAUCUGUAUCCCCAUGAACCACAUCUCUCCUAACCAGGCUCCAUACACCGUCUGUAACAGCUCUCUGUCGGAGUAUGGAGUACUGGGAUUUGAGCUGGGUUUUGCCAUGGCCAGUCCCAAUGCAUUGGUUCUAUGGGAGGCCCAGUUUGGAGACUUCAACAACACAGCCCAGUGUAUUAUAGACCAGUUCAUCUGCCCAGGACAGGCCAAGUGGGUCAGACAGAACGGAAUAGUCCUGCUGCUGCCCCAUGGCAUGGAGGGAAUGGGACCAGAGCACUCCUCGGCCCGACCAGAGAGGUUCCUGCAGAUGUGUAACGAAGACCCAGAUACCUACCCUAUAUUCUCUGCUGAGGAGUUUGCAGUGCGUCAGCUGUAUGACUGUAACUGGAUCAUAGUCAACUGCUCUACACCGGCUAACUACUUCCACAUCCUCCGUAGACAAAUACUACAGGCCUUCAGGAAGCCUCUGAUAGUCAUUACCCCCAAGUCUCUGCUGCGCCACCCAGAGGCCAAGUCAAGCUUUGAUGACAUGCUGCCAGGUACCCACUUCCAGCGUCUGAUCCCAGACAGUGGUCCUGUGUGUGAGAACCCAGAGGCGGUGAAGAGGAUUGUGUUCUGUACUGGGAAGGUCUACUAUGAACUGACCCGAGAACGCAACAACAGAGGCAAUGAUGAUAUUGUGGCCAUUGCGCGCAUAGAGCAGCUCUCUCCGUUUCCGUUUGACCAGGUGAAAGUGGAGACAGAUCGUUAUCCUAAUGCUGACCUGGUGUGGUGCCAGGAAGAACACAAGAACCAGGGUUACUAUGACUAUGUCAAACCCCGCCUACGAACCACCGUUGACCGCACCCGCCCCGUUUGGUAUGCUGGUCGUGGGCCAGCAGCAGCUCCAGCUACAGGGAACAAAGCAGCUCACCUGGUGGAAUUACAACGCUUCCUAGAUACAGCUUUUAACCUGGAUGCAUUUACUGAACAGUCCUAACACACUUAUACACUACACCCUAACCCCUAUACCCUACACCGUAACCUUACCUCACCUGGUGGAGUUACAACACUUCCUAGAUACAGCUUUUAACCUGGACACUUACACUUGAAAGUCUUAGAAGACCCUACACCCAAUGUACUACACCCUACUCAAUACACCCUUAUACCCUCGGCCUCCACUCCACUCUACCUGCUGGAGUUCUACGCUUUUUAACUGGAUGCAUACACUUGAAAGUCCUAGCACAGGGAUAUCCUGACCCCUAGACCCUGGCUACACCCUACCCUUACCUCACUCUGCUGAAGUUACACCGCUUUUUAGUCAGGUUUUCACCUGGAUGCAUACACUUGAGUUUUAGCUCACCGUUACGCUUGUCAUCGGAUGAUAAAUGAAGGUGCAGAGUGGUAGGCGUACAUUCUCUCUUUAUUUGAAAACGUAACACCGGGAAAAAACAAUGCACACAAACCAAAUGUAAAGCUAGUCAUGCAUAAACAAAGACAAGAUCCCACAACUGAAGGUGGGAAAAAGGGCUGCCUAAGUAUGAUCCCCAAUCAGAGACAGCAAUAGACCGCUGCCUCUGAUUGGGAACCAUACCCGACCAACAAAGAAAUAUACAAACUAGAAUGCCCACCCAAAUCACACCCUGACCUAACCAAAUAAAGAAAUAAAAAAAGUCUCUCUAAGGUCAGGGUGUGACACUCACUUAAACCCUACACCCUAACCCUUAUCCCUAAACCAGCAUACACUGGAUUGUCUGCUAUAGAAGACUUCCGCGAUACGCACACUGACUGACCAUAGGUCCUCUUGAACUGUUGAUUCAUGGGGGAAAUGUCCAUAGAGUCAGACAAACAAUGGACCCAUUUUAUCAACCAUACAAAUACUUUUGUACAUUUUCCUCUCUCUCCAUCUCUCCCUUCUCAUUCUCUUUCUUCUCCAUCCCUCUCUUCAUCUGUCUUUUCACCCUCCUUCCUUUAUUCUCCCCACUCAUCCCCUUCUCUUUUUCCUCUCCUCUUGACCAAUCACUCCCUCUUCUCCUCCUCUCUUCUCCUCCCUCUCUUCCACCUCCUGUGCCAAAUGUAAACAAGCUGUUAAGAGAUUACUGGAUGAGAAAUGACUAGUAUAUUAUUAUAUCAAACAUUAUAUAAGAUACAGUAGUAACUUAUGAAGAGACGAGGUGAAAAUGUCUACUGGUCUGGUGGGGAUCUCUUUGGAACUAAAUAAAGGAUUUAUUUAUGUUAGUAUAGUGUUGUUAGUAUAUGUUUGUCCUUUUAUAAUUUAUUCAUUCAAUAAAGACAUGACAUUCUGUUUUCAA